AUGUUUGUUGUCGCGGCAAUAUUCUCAAUUCCCUUGUGGCAUAUGGAUAUCAAAUUCGUCAUUCAUGGUGAUCUAUCAUGGGACCAAGCCGCGUUGUGGGGCAGACAGUCCAUUGCCGUCUCUGGCAGUUUGUUCAUCGGGUAUAACCACUUGUGCCUUUUACCUCUGUGACACAUCUUGUACUAACGAAGUUACAGAAUGGCGUUCUUGGUUAUACGACAAAGUCGAGCCAGGAAACGCUUCGAGGAGUUCAUGAGGUCCGUCACAGGCGUUGUCAAUACCAUUAACUGCCCCAUCAUGAUGGACAUCUUACGCGAGGUAGAGUGGACCGACGGCGAGAUAAUGACUCUAUUUGGACUGCCUGGUUUGGAUGAACAUGGACUAGCCAACCUGGUAUCAUUACUCUACCAUAUACGAGAAGAGGUCUCGAGUGACUCUUCAGUCAUUCCUAGACCUCAGCCCAUCAUCACUAGAACCCAAAAAGGUGUGGUGGAUGAUAGCGAGUCUUGCAGUGAUAACGUAUGUCCCUCUGUCCGAGGGGCUGAUCUUGAGCUGGGGUCGAGAAGUGUUUAG